AUGGCAAACAGAGAUCAGUUCACACUGCGAUACAUCUCGCGACGGCAACAAGUCUCGGCGAAUCCUCGUCGUCGGACAUGGUUUCUCAUCAGCUUUGGCUUAGUCAACAGCUACGCGCAAACAUCAUCGAAGACUCGCUUGACGCGACUUACAAAGUCAAACUCGGACAACCCAAAUCGGCUACAUGGUCCGCCCUGCUCCUUGAGACUGUCGCUGGUGGAACAUGCUGCAUUCACGAUCAUCAGAGCGAGAUGGGGCUCACCAUCCCGGCGCGCCCAACGCCGUCCCGAGAUGAUCGUCAUGACGAAUGGACAGGCCUACCCCUUGGCGCAGCCUACUUGUUGCUACUCUGCAGGUUGGACGUUUGAUGCGAAACACCCCUUUGACGUCAUGCCUUUUGCCCCCACGCCUGUGGCAGAAUAG